AAGUUUAUAACGUUAACGGCAUACCGCCCAAUUGCAAGGCCUGGUCCAGCCUGUCUAAUUAUCUCGUCUUCUUGUGACAAAGUUCUAACGUCCAAGGUUCUUUCUUUCCUUGGCCCUCCUUUCCCACUCGCUCGAGCUUUUUCAGCGCUCGAGCCUCGAAUGUGGUUGACGUAGACUCAUCGGUUCCUUUGAAGAGUGCAUCCAUGAUUCGGUUGGCGAUGGUCGUCUUGUUUCUUAUUCUGAACUUUGCCCUGCAGCUCGAAAAUGCUCUCGCAGCUACCCUUAAUCUUCCAAGUACAUCCUUGCAGGAUGGACCUGCCUUGCUUGCUGGUCAGGCGUCAAACUCAACCGCACUCAAUGCCUUUGGAAUCUCGCCGGUAUCCAUCGCUGCUGACGGGACAUACUACGUUACUCUUCAGGCUGGUCAAAUAAGCUUCCGCGCUGCCCUCGACACAGGUUCUGCCGAUUUCUGGCUUGAUUCCACGGCAUGUACUACCAGUACAUGCACGUCUGUACCAAGAUACCCCCUCACUUAUGACAGUCCCACGUUUGUCUCCAUCAACAAUAACGAGACUACUUUCACCGUUAGCUACGCUGAUGGGACUGGUGCAUCCGGGUUCGUUGCUAGAGAGACUGUAGACGUUGCAAACGUGACGGUCGCAAAUCAGGCAUUUGGUGUCGUAACAAAUUCUAAUAUUACGCUGGUCAGCGAGGUCAGCGGUAUCCUUGGCCUAGGAUUCUCACGACAGUCAGAGAUAUCCACAAGAGCUGCGAAUGGUCCACGCCGUUUUUUUUCCACCUUGGCGCAGCAAGGCAUACUGGACUACCCGGUAUUCGGACUAAGUCUUACUAGAAAUGAUACCGGAACAUUUACCCUCGGGGCUAUCGACGUAUCUGUCGUGCAAAAUCUCAGCCAAGUUAUAUGGAAUGAGGUCGUAUCCUUCUCUCCGGUCGGUACGCAAACAAAUACUUCUGGCUACUUCUUCUGGGCGAUUCGUAUGAGUAGUUUCGCGGUCAACGGAACCCAGUACACUCCCCAACCAACUUAUCCUGGCCCAAGUGACAACUCAUCGAUUGCUCUUUUGGAUGUAACACGAUUGUACAGUUCAUUUCCCAGUAGCCGCCUAGUUGACGAAAGUGGUCAAUGGGCCAUCCCUUGCGACUCUUCAGCAACCAUGUCCUUCAACUUUGGGGAAGGAACUUCGUUUGUUUUGGAACCCACAGAUUAUAUUAUUGGCCCAGCUGAGGGGAACCCGGAUCUUUGUUUAUCUUGGCCUAAAGCUUCACCCCCCAGUGCCGAUGGAGUCGACUGGUUGCUAGGAACUCCAUUUUUGCGGACCGUCUAUUCGAUAUGGAGUUACGGAAUCGACUACCAGGAGCCCCCGAUGAUUGGUUUAUAUCCUCGCAACAAUGCAUCAGCACCUGUACAGCCUUUUUCAGUUGUCGAAUCCUCAUUUUCAUCCGAAUCUGCGACAAUUGCUACCACCCUGCCCAACUUUGUCCUCUCUACACCCACUUACACAACGCCGUCAUAUGCAUUUAACACGUCGGUUCCAGCCGUCUAUGGCGAGAUUGUGCAAUCCGAGCUCGCGACGAGCACGUACAGUCCCCUCAUAGGGACACUCGCCGUUAACGCCACCGCCCUCCCUCAGGUGUCUGGUGCAUACACACUUCUCGUUACGAAUUCAAACGGUGCAGUGGUGACAUCGACGUAUCACAUUUCGCAACCGUCGGUUACUUUAGGCGUCCCACCUGGAUGGAGCAGUGCUGCCUCUCGGAGCGUUCCGGGAGGAGGGCUGGCUAUUUCGAUGAUGAUCGCUCUGGUCGCUGGCACAUGGAUUCUAUAAGAAUUAUUUGCAUACUAUAUGAGUAUAUCAUUUGUUGUGUUACUUACUAGCUUUGUACUCUGCGUGUUAUACCAUUAUGACACCACUCUCGUACUGUCGUGCACUGACUGUUUUGAUUAUUCAUUACAUCCCGUCGUCGAACACUGCACAUUUUCUAUACCGUAGAACUUUACAUCUUAUCCCGAACUUUGUCUGUUGUAGACCGCACAUUCUAACUAAUCU